AGUGCAGUGCUGAACAUGCUAAAGAAGUUGGACAAAAUAAGGUUCAGAGGUCACAAGAGAGAUGAGUUCCUUGAUUUAGCAGAGUCUCCAAAUGCUUCAGACACUGAAUGUGGAGAUGAAAUCCCGGUGAAGAUACCUCGAACGUCAGCUCGAGACAAUGAAGAGUUGAGAGACCCUGCUGGUCCAGGGACCAUCAUCAUGGCAUCGGGAGUCCAGGAUUUUAACAGAACAGAAUCUGACAGACUGAAUGAGAUCAAAGGUCACCUGGAAAUAGCCUUACUGGAAAAACACUUUUUACAGGAGGAGCUCAGGAAGCUGAGAGAAGAAACAAACGCUGAAACGUUAAGGCAGGAGCUAGAAAAGGAACGGCAGAGGAGAUUAGAACUAGAACAAAGAGUCAAUGAAGUACUUAAAGCAAGGGCAGAAGAGGUGUCUGCAGCUCAGCAACCUGCAAAGCCACAAGCACAAGCCAAUGGAACAGAUAAGAGUAGUCACACAGUCUCUUCAAGACUCCAAAAGUGGUUUGGUGACAAAUUUGGGGAGUAUGUUGAGGACUUCAGAUUUCAGCCAGAAGAGAAUACAGUGGAAGCAGAAGAGCCACUUAGUGCUAGAAGGUUGACUGAAAAUAUGAGAAGAUUAAAGAGAGGUGCCAAACCUGUUACAAAUUUUAUGAAGAAUCUUUCUGCCUUAUUAGACUGGUAUUCUAUCUACACUUCUGCUAUUGCCUUUAUUAUUUACAUCAAUGCUGUAUGGCAUGGCUGGGCCAUUCCUAUGUUCUUAUUUUUAGCAAUUUUGAGGUUAUCCCUAAAUUACCUCAUAGCCAGGGGUUGGAGAAUACAAUGGAGCAUUGUGCCUGAAGUUUCUGAACAAAUGGAGCAGCCAAAAGAGGACCUGACCGUGUCUGAAAAGUUUCAGCUUGUUCUGGAUGUGGCUCAGAAGGCUCAGAACCUUUUUGGCAAGAUGGCAGACAUACUGGAAAAAUUUAAAAACUUGUUCAUGUGGGUCCAGCCAGAAAUAACACAGAAGCUCUACAUUGCUCUAUGGGCAGCUUUUAUUGCAUCCUGCUUUUUGCCCUACAAGAUUCUUGGGCUUGCAUUGGGACUCUAUGCUGGAAUCAAGUUUUUCCUUAUUGAUUUUAUCUUCAAACGAUGCCCCAGACUAAGAACUAAGUAUGAUACUCCUUAUAUCAUCUGGAUAAGUCUCCUGACAGAUCCUCAGCUCAAAGAAAGAUCUAAUGCUACAGUGUCAAGACGGCUUCAAACAGCAGCCACCAGGAGUUGUGUGGGCUCAAGUGCCCCAGCUGGAAUAAGCAAAGAUGAAGACACAAGUCGUUUUCACACCACCAAGAGAGGAAAUUUCCAUGAAAUUUUUAACCUAUCAGAAAGUGAACGUCCUUUGCCAGUUUGUGAAAAUGGCUGGCGUUGUUGCUUGAUCAACAGAGAUCGGAAGAUGCCUACAGACUACAUCAGGAAUGGAGUUCUUUAUGUCACAGAAAAUUACUUGUGCUUUGAAAGCUCAAAAUCUGGCUCAUCAAAAAGAAAUAAAGUUAUAAAGCUGUCGGACAUAACAGAUAUACAGAAGUAUAAAGUGCUCUCUGUUCUCCCGGGAUCAGGCAUGGGUAUUGCUGUAUCAACACCAUCUACACAGAAACCUUUGGUGUUUGGUGCCAUGGUACACAGAGAUGAAGCUUUUGAGACAAUUUUCAGCCAAUAUGUGAAAAUAAUAUCUGCAUCAUCCAGCAGUGAAAGCUAGUGUCUUACCUUGGAAGAGCUAAAGGAAACUUUCUUAUUGUAUGACUUGGUAGUGAAAAAAAUGAACAUCCUCAUCUAUUUUGCAAUAAUUUUUCUUGUCUGGUGGUUUCUAUUCUAUCUGUUACAUAAACCAAGUGUAUUUUAUAUAUGCCUUCAUGUUUGUUUUUAAGGUUUUUGUAAAAAAAAAGACAAAAAAACCAAAUGAAAACAGUGAAAGUGCUAUCAUCACUAUUAGCCUUGCACAUUAAGCACUUUUAAUGUUUAUUUACUGACAUUAAAAGCUGGGAAGAUGCUCAGAGACCUGACUAUAUAAUAGAUUGAUCCCUUUAUCUCCACUGAUGUCACUAGGGAUACAUUUGUCCCCUUAUCUUAGUUGUUUUUCCCUGAGAUGUGAAAAUGAUGACUGCAGCAGCCUGAAGUCUCCCUUCUUCAGCUUUAAGAUUUUAAUUGGGUCCUUUAUUAAAACUGAUGGCAAAAACAAGGAAGUAUUAGCUUCCUAGUAUUUCCAUGUGUACAACUGCAUUUAAAAUAACUACUCCGUGCUAAUUUUUGCAUUGCAGAAGGAUGUUUUACUGGUUUGGUUAACUUCAGUUUUUCCUGCACAGAGAUGUGUAAAUCACUUGUAUGAUGAAUUAGAGGAGAAAGUUUGUAACCAUAUCUUCCUUUCCUCAUUAACCAAAGUAAGAGGAAGGAAGGCAGACAGAUGCUUUUUAUAAAAGAGGGCACCAAAAUGUUGUUCCUAAAAUGUUAGGCAUCUUAUAAUUAUAUUUCUAUAGGUACUU